AUGGAACAGGUAAAAGUUUCAAACAUCAUAAGAGACGAAUUAUUAAUUCAAGCAGCAAACCUUCAAUCAAGGAACAAAAUACUAAGCUUCUGCGACUUAUGCGGCAAAUCUUUCAAUAGUUUAAUGAUAUUGAGAGACCAUAUGAUCAAUGAGUUCGCAAUUGAAAGGGAAAUGAUUACAAUUCUUAAUACAGAAUUAGGCCUAGACCCUAAUACGCCUUCACCAAAAGGCGAAUACUAUGGCGAGCAAGACUUAAAAAAGCCUUACAGUUGCGCCACUUGUCACAAAAUUUUCGAAAGUCGUCAAGGCUUGAACCAGCAUGUAGGGAAAAAGCAUACAGCUAAUGCAAAAAAUUCCAUAUGUAGCGUAUGUGGAAAGCUUUUUACACACAAGUAUGCAUUGAAAUUCCACUAUGAACAAGUACACGAAACAGCAAAAAGAGUCAACUGUAAGCUCUGCGGAUAUAUGGCUUAUAACAAAUAUAAGCUGAAGAAACAUAUACAAAAACGUCAUGCAAAUAUAUAA